GUCCUGGGUGCCGCGUGGCGGAUGCAGCGCCUCGCUGGGGCUACGUGCGCUGGGAUAACUGGACCGGGGGCAGGUUGUGCUGCGAGCGCUGUGGGUACGCGGCCUCUCGUCAUGAGCGUGGGCUUCAUUGGGGCUGGCCAGCUGGCCUUGGCUCUGGCCAAAGGCUUCACAGCAGCAGGUGUGCUGGCUGCCCACAAGAUGAUGGCCAGUUCUCCAGACAUGGACUUGGCCACGGUGUCGGCCCUCAGGAAGAUGGGGGUGCACCUGACCCCUCACAACAAGGAGACGGUGCGGCACAGCGAUGUGCUCUUCCUGGCCGUGAAGCCGCACAUCAUCCCCUUCAUCCUGGACGAGGUCGGGGCCGACAUCGAGGACAGGCACAUCGUGGUGUCCUGUGCGGCCGGCGUCACCAUCAGCUCCAUCGAGAAGAAGCUGACGGCAUUUCAGCCAGCCCCCAAAGUCAUCCGCUGCAUGACCAACACCCCGGUCGUGGUGCGGGAGGGGGCCACCGUGUACGCCACAGGCACGCACGCGCAGGUGGAGGAUGGCAAGCUGCUGGAGCAGCUGCUGGGCAGCGUGGGCUUCUGCACCGAGGUGGAGGAGGACCUGAUUGACGCUGUCACCGGGCUCAGCGGCAGUGGCCCCGCCUAUGCGUUCACGGCCUUGGAUGCCCUGGCUGACGGGGGUGUGAAGAUGGGGCUUCCGCGGCGCCUGGCUGUCCGCCUCGGGGCACAGGCCCUCCUGGGGGCUGCCAAGAUGCUCUUGGACUCGAGAGAACCCCCGGAAGAGCACCCCGGCCAGCUCAAAGACCACGUCUGCUCUCCUGGCGGGGCCACCAUCCACGCCUUGCACGUGCUGGAGAGCGGGGGCUUCCGUUCCCUGCUCAUCAACGCUGUGGAGGCCUCCUGCAUCCGCACACGGGAGCUGCAGUCCAUGGCUGACCAGGAGAAGGUCUCACCGGCUGCCAUCAAGAAGACUGUCCUGGACAAGGUGAAGCUGGACCCCCCUGCAGGAGCCUCUCAUUCCCCUUCUGGCCACACUAAGCUGCUGCCCCGCAGCCUGGCCCCGGCGGGCAAGGACUGACAGCCCCACUCAUGCCACUCUGUCCUCUGCUCACUCCUCUCCUGGCUCAGAGCUGCGCUAGGGCCUCGAGCCCAGCCACGGCAUCCCCAUGGUGCAAGCUGCCCCGGGCUCCAGCCAGCCCAGCUCUGCAGCCCCUACUGCCUCCUGGCCCAGAAUAGGAAGGGGUUCUCUGACCUCAGCCUCCUCUACCCCAAUCAAGUCAGGACCCCCUUCCUAGGGUGCAGGAGGCCUGCGGGGCCUUUGCCCAGCCCGCCCUCCCCAGUGUCAGGUGGCUGAAUACAGAGGUCAAAGGCUCCCCUCUGAGGGCUCAGCCUAGGUGGGAGCCGCCUCCCUCCUGCCCCUUCCUCACCCUCCACUCGGGAAGACUCCUCCUUACCCUGGGUGAGAGGGACUGGAGGGUCCCAGGUGUCCUGAGUAUGGCACAGGAGACCACAGACCUCGUGGUCAGCUGCCACCCAUGAGCCCUUGGGGUAUUUAAAGAAAGGCCCUCGGGGCUGGCAACCCUUCUGCACCCACCAGUACUUGGGCAUCUGCCUUUCCCGCCCUUUGGGGUGCCAGCAUUUGUCUCCCGACCCGAUAGGUUAAAUAAAUUGGUUUCCAGCCCCAGUUCCCGA